AGGUAUAUUUAAUAAUGAACUGUUAAAACGUUAAACGCGCGCAUUAGACGAGUGCGUAUGUAAGCAUUAAUUGUGCAUUAAGCAAUUAUUUUUUUUAAAACAAAUUUAUGCGUCGUCCAAUCGUUAAAAAGUGCGUGGAAAAGUGUACGAAACCAAUACACGGAAAGUGGGACAACCGAGUGCUGUGCUGCGCUUGUGUAUGUGUGUGACAGUGUGUACGGGCAAUUUGUACUAACUGAAGCGUACGGCUAUGUUUUUUAUAUGAAAUACCAAAUAAAAUAGUGCAAUCAAAUGUUUACAAUGUGUGUAAAUAAAAACAAAACAUGUUUCAUGUUUUAACACGCACACACAUUUAUACUCGCGAAUUGCAGGCAAAGACGGCGCUCAACUUCUACUCCAUCUUCUUUUGUCUGACGAUUUGCCGCAUGCCAGCAAUAAUAAGGAGGAGGCUAAGCACGGGCAGCAGCACCCGCAACACCACACGUUGAAGUUGCAACUGUAAGCGUCACGUGUCAAGAAAAGGGUCAGGGACAAGGAAGAAGCUGGUUGCCGCAACAGGAGCAGUUAAACACAGCAAUGAAUGAUUUACGACAACAGGUGGCAGCAGCGACAUCGUCUUCAGUAACCGAAAGCAAUAACAGCCUAAACAUAAUCACGACCACCCUGUCGUCCAAGGCAUCAUCCGCAGCCAACCAGCGUGAGGAAGAGCAGCGUGUUAGCUCCACGUCUUCACCGGCACAGCAGCAGCCGAUACACCAUCAUCGUCAUCAGCCACAGUCACAUUCAGAGUCACAUCAUCACCGACAACAGCAGGGAGUAGAAAUAAUAGAACAGCCAUUGAAUGCCUCAUCAGCACAACUGCCACAAUCGCAAGCUGGACAAGAACAGGCACGCGUCUAUCAUCAGCUGCCAAGCACAACAGCGAAUUCAAGCACUGGUGGCUUUGGGGCCCCUGCAUCACCACCAGCGCGAAUAACGAGCACCACAUCAUCGCCGCCGCAGCGCAUGCGCGACGAUGAGACGCAACAGCUGUUGCGCCAAGAGGAAACACUUAAUAGUGCGAUAGGAGCGGGAGGAGCAGCAGCAGCAGCGGCGCCUACAAUAUCUGCUGGAGGCGAGCCUAGAGCAAUGGCCGCCACCGCAAUUGAUACUACAACGACGAACAGUGGCAGUGUGAAUGGCAGUGGGGCCAGUAGUAGCAGCAGCAGCAGCAACAGCUCCCAACAGGAGGAUGUACACACCACAGACAGUGGGGGUGGGCACAAAAUUAUAUUGAAGCUGCCUAAGCAGCAUGCGACGACCAACGAAUCUCAGUCCAUGAGCAGCGAUGAGCGUCGCGUUGAGCCGCUGCGCAUACACUUACCCAGCUCAACGGCAACGACAACCACAUCCUCAUGCUCAUCAUCGUCCACCUCCUCUACUUCCUCAUCAUCGUCGUCGUCGACUAUCGGCGGUAAUCAUCAUGGCCCGGUGCCGAAAAUCACCAUAAGACCAAUUGUGAAGAAGCCAAAUGAUGCCGCCUCUGAUGCCUCAUCAUGCUCCUCCUCCUGUGCCGAGGACGAGGUGCUGUCCAUGGCCAGCGAUACGCCGCAUAUUGUGCCAAAGCUAACGAUACGCGCCGCAAACGAGGAACGCGGCGGCGUGACUAGUGUGGUGACAAGUGUGGUGCCCAAGCUGAUCAUCAAAAUGCCCGAGGUGAACAACAGUGAAGCAAUUAAUUGCAAUAGCUCGAUGGCUGUAGGUACGGCGACAACGGCGUCCCUACCAAAGCUAACCAUUAAAACAAAUCUGGAUGGUAAUAGUGAAUCGAUGAUAUCCAGCUUAUCGCCCGCCUCUGCAUCCUCGUCUGCUUCCUGCUCAUCUUCGUCCACAAAUGUGGAGCCCACAGCUGCGGAAACUAUUCCCAAGUUGACCAUCAAGCCACUGCCUCCCAAAAAUGCUACUGUGCAAGAAAUCCUGACCAGCAGCAGCGGAAAUAAUACGGUACCCAAGCUAAUGAUCAAGACCACACUGGCGGGCAGCAGCUGUUCCAGAAGCAGCGACGAGCCGACUCAACCUCAGGAACAGCAGGAACAGUUGGAGGCCACCAGCAAUAAGAUACCAAAGCUAACCAUUAAAACUGGCCACGAGCACACGGUUAUUAUGACGCACGAUACCAGCAAUGCGCAGAGCAUACCCAAGCUGACCAUCAAGACCAAGUCCAUUGAAAUCGAUGAUGAAAAGCCGAAGUCUGUUACCGCCGCCUCUGUUGCUGCCAUUCCAAAGCUGACCAUAAGCGUCGGCGGUGGAAUCGCAUCUAGUAAUGCGCCACAAUCUCCUGGCUUGGCUAAAGUUGUGCGUCAUACGGGCAGUGCAGCCGCCGGCUCACCAGAUCGCGGUCUCAAGCUUACCAUAUCCAGGCAGCCAGAGAGCAACGAAGUACAUGCAACGACGACUAUGACGACAACAACGAUGUCAGAAAAUGUGGUGCCAAAGCUGACAAUCAAGACGAUGAACACCUCGAACAAUCUGGAGGUUCACAGAAAUUCGCUGCCGGAUGAGGAACACGGAGUAAUAGGUGAGCGCAUACCGAAGCUUACCAUCAAGACUGGGCCAGUGGACCAGCAGCCGCAUGUGCCCAAGUUGACCAUCAAGAAUCUGUGCUCACCCAAGCACAAGGUGCGCGCAGUGCUUGAGGAUCGAGCAGCUACGCCCAAGCGUCCGGUUGCAGAUUGCCAGCUCGCCGUUAUUAAUGGUGGGGAAUCGAAUAGCAGCCAGGAGUUCUGUGGCUUCAACGACAACUACGCCGAUGCUGUGCCUGAGAAUGCCGAUGAACCGCGGCGCAAUUCGGAUGACAUGGACAUAGAUGAUGCUCUCUCCAAAGAGCAUGAUCCCAAAAUGUUUCACAAUUUGCCGCUGGCCAGCAAUGGAAUUGUGACUGUAGCCGAGCACAGCAUUGUGGAAAUGGUGGACCUGACAUCACCAUCUCCUGGAUCCUCGCCAGCACACCAUAGCUUUGGACAAAUAGCACCGCAAAUAAGAAAAUGUGUAACCGAGACGUCGCAUCGCUUUCUGGAGCAGCUUCAGUCAACAAUAGCCGACAAUAGCAAACCUGCCUCUCCCACAUCGAACAUAUUGCUUAGCCAGCUGACAGCGCCGCCAAAGAAUUUCAACAUUACCAAGAACGUGCUAAACAAUGCGGCCGCUUCCAAAUAUCCGCAGCUCACCGAGCGGCUGUUGGCUAAUGGUGGUGGCAACAGUAGCAGUAACAAUGCCCAUGCACCCAGCGCUGCAGGAACUGCAUCAGCAACGCCACCACAGCAACCAACCCCACCCAUAAUUGAUUCGAUUGAGAUUCUGGACACACCGGAAGGCAGUCCGUACACGCAGAGAGACUUUGGGGCUGCGGAACAGCCGCAACAUCAGCAGCAGCAGCAGCUAAACAACCAUGUAAAUCACAGCCAUGACAAUCAAAUGAUGGCGGCGGGAGACAGUCGGCUUACCAACAACAACGUGUCCAUGGAUUCCGGUAGCGGAACAAUCAAUCAUUUAAAGCGCCAAGUACUCGAGAAACAGCCAACGGAGGCAGAUGCAAACGAAUCUCCCAUAAACACCUUAACCACCAAACACCGGCGCCUUGACAAUGAUGAGAAUGAUCAAUACAAACAGAACUGUCACGAGCUGGGAUCAAGAAGUGAUACGGAUCAGCAGCUUAAGCAGCAACUGAACACUGUGGCAGCCGCGGCUGCAGUAGCGCAUCGCUCGCGAAAGCAAAAGCAUGAGCGUAUACUCAACACCGAGCUGGAGGACGCGCUCUUCGCAACAGCGCAGGAUAUGACGGGGCUAGAGCAGGAGAAAGCGAGCGGUGCAAACGUCUUUGAUUGCAAGAACGCCAACAGCAACGGAGCGCUAAUAACCCCCACGGAGUACAUCAAUGAUGUGACAGCGGCGGUGAUAGCGUCUACUGCAAUGAAUAAACCACCAAUGAUGAAGCGACGCGGACGACCCAAACGGAAUCCAUUGGCAAUUGCGGCUGUUGACAGCAAGGAGACGCCGGACCACCCCAUAGCCAUAGAGGAUGGUUCGAGCAGUGCCGUGAAUUCGCGCCGAGUACAGCUGCUGCGCAAGCGGUUGGCCAUCGAUAUGGUCAGCGCCGAGCAGCCGCCGAAUGCAACAAGCGAUGUCCUGCCCGAUGUCACUCAUGUGGAUGAUGCCUCUGUGAUUACUCCACGCCGUGAUCACCGCCAGCUGCGCACCACACGGCGCACAAAUACGCCAAACGCACUCAAUGCGGCUACCCCAGGCGCCAAACGUUCACGCAAGCGCCAGAGCAAGGCAGCGAGUGGUCCCACCACAAUGCUGGAGGAGCAGACGUUUUCAUCAGUGUUGCCGCUCAGCCAGUUUGGCAGCGGCCACAACAUCAGCAAUAGUAGCAAUAGCAACCAGCCUGUCAUCGAUGCCGAGACUAACAACAACAUGGGUUAUGCACUGCAUGGACAAAUCGAUCUAACCAUGUGCUCCUCAUCCUCGUCCACCAGCAACGGCAGCUCCCUGACUGCAGCAACCUCCACGCUGGCCGCCACUGUCGCCGGCACACAUGUGAGCGGCAGUGGUGGCUCCGCCGGCAGCACCAUGUCUGCCUCCAUGCUGCCACCCACCACCAUACUCUCCUCAUCAGAUCCGCUGCCAGAUGUCAUAUUUCAGCCCAACGAUUUCUCAUCCAUUAUGGCCACACAGCAGUUGCGGUCGCCACGCACCCCGAGCAUGAGUGGAGGUAGUCAGCACGACUCCCAGGAUGAGGAUAAUUUGAGCGCGCUGGAAAACUCGGGCGAUGAGUCCACGAUAUCGGUUGGGCCGGGAUUGUUCGGCACGCCUGUACGUGGUCGUGGGCGUGGUCGUGGUUCGCGGGGAGGCGGUAUGCGCAGCAGUUCAUCGCGUGGUCUUAACCCAGCCAUCCCACGUGCUCCCCGCAUGAGUCCCGGUGCUAGCGCUGUGGCAAAAGCCAUUGCCAUGAGCCGGCCACGAUGUGUUGGUGGACUGAAGCACACGCCGGAUCCGGAACGUCUAAAGGGUCUCUUUAGUCCGUCACCACAGGUAUUCGAGGAGGACACGCGUAUGAGUGCCGAUCUGAAUAACAGCAGUCAGUCGCUUUUGGGUAUGGAGCCGCCGCUUACUCCGCAAAUAAGGCAACCCGAUUUUCUAAACAAUGAAGAAUCACAAUCUUCGAUUGUAAGCAAUAUUAGUAUGCUGGAUUCCAAUCAUGGCCACUCUACCGAUGCGAUUAUUGCCUCUGCGCUAAAACGUCCAAAGAAAAAGAAGAUGGAGAUUUGUGUGGCCGAAGACACCGAAUUCAAUGCAUCCACCAUUGCCGAAUACGAUUGGCCACCGCCCAAAGGCUGUUGUCCGUCCAAGAAUCGUGAUACGUUCAUGAUACAGGAACAAGUGGCACUCUAUUUGGGAAUAACGAGCUUCAAGCGGAAAUAUCCCGAUCUGCCACGCCGUGCCAUCGAUAUGGAGGAACGCAAUUGGCUGCAGGAGAAGGGUCUAGUCUCAGAGAAAAUGUGCGAUCUCGGCAUUACGGCUGUAUGGGCAUUAGAUAUACUGGAUAUUAUGCAUGUCGACUUCUAUGACAAAUACGAGGAGUACAGGGAGUACCUACGACGAAAGCAUUUGCGCGAAAUCGAAGCUAAGCAGAAGGCGCUCGGCCUCACUGUGGGUGCUGGACGAGGACUACAGGCACGCGAUCGUGCCAUGCUCUCUGCCAGCAAAUGGAAUGUUUAUUUUAAUAAGACUCGCAAAGAGGAGCGAACAGCUUGUCUGGAUCUGCAAACAUUUACCAUGAACACACCACUGCCGCGCACUGCACCCACGUCCAUGCUGCUGGAUAUCUCCGUUACCAGUGCGAUCCGCUCUGCAGCGCAAGCCGAGAAUAUGUCUGAACCUCAUACACUGCCGCAACCGCUUGAUUAUGAAGCAGCAUUCCGCGGUGUGGCCUAUGCGUAUCCCCUUAAGCUGGUGCCAGGACAAUUUGCGUCUUGGUAUCGCAAAUUUACGCCACAGGAAUUGAGAACCUAUCCCCUAAACACGGCGCUAGACAAACCACUGGAGCUGCAGACAAGACUGAAACAGCAGCAACAACAGCCCUCGAAUGGCACUGCCAGCCCUGAGGAAAUCGCAUCUGCUGACGAACGACAAUCGGAAACAGAGCAGCAAACACAGAAUAUUGUUGGCAUCUGCAGCGAACUGACGCCGCGAGUCUCAGGCAAACAUGUGCCGACGCCUGUACGACGAAGCAGACGAGCGAGGCAUCUACGCCCAACACUGAUUGCGCUGGAUAGCGGGGAUGAUCAGAAAUCGCGCACCAUUAGCUCCUGCCCAUCAUCUUGCAGCGAUGGCAGUGGCAGUAGCAGCAGCAGUGACUCGGACAGUGACGAUGUUAGCGACUCAUCUACAUCCUCAUCGUCCAGUUCAGACAGUGAGGAUGAGCCCGAUGCCCGCCUGUCCAACUGUGGUGUAUGUCUACGAACGCAGCAUCGCAAUGCCAAGGACAGGCCCGAGUUCUUCAUACAGUGUUAUACCUGUCGACGCAAUGUGCAUCCUAGCUGCAUAGACAUGCCAUAUCGGAUGGUCGGACGAGUACGCAAUUAUAAUUGGCAAUGUGCCGAGUGCAAAUGCUGCAUCAAGUGCAAGCGGAAGCAGGAGACCAGCAAAAUGCUAUACUGCGAACAAUGCGAUCGGGGAUAUCACAUUUACUGCCUGGGCAUCAAAACUGUGCCGGAUGGUCGGUGGAGCUGCGAAAGAUGUUGCAUUUGCAUGCGCUGUGGCGCCAACAAGCCAGAGGGACUGCCACAAACACAAAUGAGCUCCUCACCCACCAGCAACAGCAGCGAAAAAGUGAAACCUGUCAAGCACAAAAAGGUGAAAUGGAUCAACGAGUACCGCAUUGAUCAUAUUACCAAGCUGCGGGAGCACUGCGCUAUGCUCUGUGUGCCAUGUGCGCGCUCCAAGCCAGCCAGGCGAGGUGGACAGGCUAGCAGCACAGCUGGUAGCAACCACAGCAGCAACAAUAACAACAACAACAAUAGUACUAGCAGCGGAAGCAACAGUGCUGGAGCGGGCGGUGCAGGGUCUGGAAGUAGUGCUGUUAGUCCUAAAGUCCCUAACACUGCAGUGUUGAUGGCGCCACCACCCACAAACGAAUCUACCACCAGCAUAAGCAUCAGCAGUAGUUGUAGUAGCAGCGGCAGCGGCAACAACAACAACAGCAGCACCACUACCACCACCACCAAUAUUAACUCCACAUCAGCCAUACCAGCCGGCAGUUUAUCUGCGUCCAAUAAGACCCUGCACCGAAUGCAGGAGCAACACAAAACGGCCGAUGUAGCAGUGAUGCAGUGCAGCAUAAACAAAGCGAAUACUGAAGAAUCGGCUGCAACAGGAGCAGCUUCCACAACUGUAACCCCAGCAGCAACGCCCGCAACAACAGCAACACCAACAGCCACAGCAACAACAAUAGGCAUAGCACCGCCCCCUGUUGUUGCCUGAGUGGGGGUUAUACGUUAUUGUGCCAAGCGCCGCACUCUAACGGACUUAUAAUAGUGAAGGCGCUAACACACACCCAUACACUUACAGCCCGACAAAAACACACACAGACAUAUACAGAGACAUAUGUAUGUACAUGUAAGGAACACCCGCCACAGCUGGCUGCGCGGCAAACUGCAACUCUAGUAUUAGUAUUAAAAAAAUAUAUAGAAACUAAUAAUAAAAAAUUACAACCACCCUGGGCGCCCUGCCAAACUAAUUACACGCAUACAAAUAUACAUAUAUAAAAUAUAUUUUUUUUAAACUAUCAUGUAAUAUUGUAAUUUAAUUCAUUUAAUUUUUAUGUUUGCGCCCAAGUUUAGAAUUGAGUGGGGCGCGUGUGUUUUAAAUACACAAACAUAUAAAAUAUAACUUUUAUAUGCAAACAAAUAUGUUACUUAAAUUUGAAUUGUGCGUUAUUUUGUGUUUUUUUUUUUGAAAUGUAUAAACAUAUAUAGUUCUGUAGAAACUAUGCUGAUUGAUUUGCUUUACAGUAUGUAUAUGGCAUCAACAACAACAAAAU